AUGGCUCUACAGUAUAUUUGUGUGUACGGCUCGGUGACGGGUGUGUACGGCUCGGUGACGGGUGUGUACGGCUCGGUGACGGGUGUGUACGGCUCGGUGAUGGGUGUGUACGGCUCGGUGACGGGUGUGUACGGCUCGGUGACGGGUGUGUACGGCUCGGUGAUGGGUGUGUACGGCUCGGUGACGGGUGUGUACGGCUCGGUGAUGGGUGUGUACGGCUCGGUGACGGGUGUGUACGGCUCGGUGAUGGGUGUGUACGGCUCGGUGACGGGUGUGUACGGCUCGGUGACGGGUGUGUACGGCUCGGUGAUGGGUGUGUACGGCUCGGUGACGGGUGUGUACGGCUCGGUGACGGGUGUGUACGGCUCGGUGAUGGGUGUGUACGGCUCGGUGAUGGGUGUGUACGGCUCGGUGACGGGUGUGUACGGCUCGGUGACGGUGUGUACGGCUCGGUGA